CUUUCAGUCUACGUUCAUGGCUUCAUGGGCAACGAAACGAGCUUCUAGAGCUCACCCGCCCACCUUCACCGCUUGUUGGUCGUCCCUUUAGAAGGCUUGGGCUGGCGCGUUCGCACAAAGGUGUAUCCAGGAUUCAAGACCAGGCACAAAUUUCCCCCGCGACGGAGGUGCUUUCCAAAUGGCUCGCGCAAUUUGAGAACCCUGGCACAAAUGUAACAUUCCUCGGACAUUCUUAUGGAGAUUCUGGCGGCGGAAGUGGUGUUGCUGAGUGAUGAGUAGGGGGGAUUCAGGCAUAGGAUAUUGGGGGUUGUCGGGUUCGAUUCACCAUUUCUGGGGAAGCAUCCAGGGGUUAUAUCCGCUGGGUUGGGGAGUCUACUUGAGUCCGAGGGU